UCCUCGGUCUGUCUGUGUCUGCGUGAGGAAUGUGGCGCGACAGACCCAGGCAACGCUGUGUACAUAUCAAGUAAUACUAAAAAGGAGGCAAUAAAUACUAUUUUCCGUCGUUUUAUCCGACGUUUACUGGGUUUUACUGUUUCUUUGAAAUAGCAGCCACCGGGGAGAACAUGCCUCGCAGACGACAGAGACACAUGGCUGGGAGUGGUUCAGAUGGAACUGAAGACUCAGACUCCUCCGCUGAAAGAGAACAGACCAAUAGUUCAGAAAGUGAUGGAAACAUGCCCAAGAGACAGCGCCUCACCAGAGCCUCCACUCGCCUUAGCCAAAGCUCUCAGGACACUCCGGACUUGAAGCGAGCUGCGGACCAUGAUGAAUCUCCACCGUUGACCCCCACAGGAAAUGCACCCUCCUCUGAAUCUGAGCUGGACAUCUCCAGCCCCAAUGCCUCUCAUGAUGAGAGCCAGGCCAAAGACCAAGCCAACAGAGACUCUGACAAGGACCUCUCUCAUCGACCCAAGCGCCGCCGCUGCCACGAAACCUACAACUUCAACAUGAAAUGCCCAACUCCGGGCUGUAAUUCUCUUGGCCACCUAACAGGGAAACAUGAACGUCAUUUUGCUGUAUCAGGUUGCCCUCUAUACCACAAUCUUUCUGCCGAUGAGUGCAAGGUAAAAGCCAUCAGUCGUGAGAAACAGGAAGAGGAGGUGAAGGCACAGGAAGAGAGCAACUCACGCCAUGCAACUCGUCAUCAGACACCAACAUCCAAACAGAGCAAAUACAAAGAGCAGGUGGCUGAGAUUAGGAAGGGGCGAAACUCUGGCCUUCAGAAGGAGCAGAAAGAAAAGCACAUGGAGCAUCGGCAGACACAUGGCAACACCAGAGAGCCGCUGCUGGAGAACAUCACCAGUGAAUAUGACCUGGAGCUGUUCAGGAAAGCCCAGGCGCGUGCAUCCGAAGACCUGGAGAAGCUGCGUAUCCAGGGUCAGAUCACUGAGGGCAGUAAUAUGAUCAAGACCAUCCUGUUUGGCCGCUAUGAGCUGGACACCUGGUACCAUUCGCCCUAUCCUGAGGAGUAUGCUCGUCUGGGUCGUCUCUACGUCUGCGAAUUCUGCCUCAAGUACAUGAAGAGCCAGACUAUUCUCAGAAGACACAUGGCCAAAUGCGUGUGGAAACAUCCUCCAGGAGAUGAGGUGUACAGAAAGGGGUCCAUAUCUGUGUUUGAAGUUGAUGGCAAAAAGAAUAAGAUCUACUGCCAGAAUUUGUGUUUACUUGCCAAGCUUUUCCUGGACCACAAGACACUUUACUAUGAUGUGGAGCCUUUUCUCUUCUAUGUGAUGACUGAGGCUGACAACACUGGCUGCCAUUUAGUCGGGUAUUUUUCCAAGGAGAAGAAUUCCUUCCUGAACUACAAUGUAUCCUGUAUACUGACGAUGCCACAGUACAUGAGACAAGGCUUCGGAAAAAUGCUCAUUGACUUCAGUUACCUGCUGUCCAAAGUGGAGGAGAAAGUGGGCUCACCAGAGAGACCUCUGUCCGAUCUGGGCCUCAUCAGCUACCGCAGCUACUGGAAAGAAGUGUUACUCAGAUACAUGUACAACUUUCAAGGCAAGGAGAUCUCAAUCAAAGAGAUCAGUCAGGAAACUGCGGUCAAUCCGGUGGACAUUGUGAGCACCCUGCAGUCUCUUCAGAUGCUGAAGUAUUGGAAGGGAAAGCAUUUAGUAUUGAAGCGACAGGACCUGAUUGAUGAGUGGAAAGCAAAGGAGAUCAAACGAGGCAAUAGCAACAAAACCAUCGACCCAAGCUCGCUAAAAUGGACCCCUCCCAAAGGGACAUAAGCACUAAGAUUCUCAGGCUACUGUAUAAAUUCACCUCCAGCCUCACCAGCCACAAGUAGCCUAGACCUAUGAACUGUCAGUAAAGAUCAGUGUUGUUUUUCUUUCACAUUUUUACCCUGUUAUGUCACAAAACUUUUUUUUUUUUUUUUAAACUUUUAUAUUUUGCUUUCAUUUAUACGUGAAGCGUCAUACGUUCCAAGUCGAUUGAUUUAACUCCCAACAGUUAAUAGUAGAGAGUUUGUCCUACUUGUUGAAAACUGCCUACGUCUACUUAGCUCUGAAUGUUAAAUGAUAAACAGUCCAGUGUGGUGGAUACAAUGAAUGUUUUGCUUUGCUCGUGCAAAAAAUACAUACUGAUAUUUGGCAGCAUUUACAGGUUAUUUUUUAUUUCUUACAGGCAAUGUGCAUUUUGAAGAUGGUACCUGUUCUUGUUUGGGAUUAUUCCAAUAUUUGUUGGCAUGAAUUGAAACUAUAAGCAGGGUGUAUUUUUAGGAGUAUGAUUUUUGGUAACGUCUUUGGUUGGUGUAAAAUUGUAUAGAUCAUAAUGAUGUGUAUUUUUGUUUCUCUCCAUCAGUAGAAGAUUUGGAUCCAUUUCUCUGGGGAACCUGCCAAAUAACGGGAAAAAACUCAGAUAUUUUUAGUUGAGAAUAUUUAAAAAAAAUGAACACAACACCACUGUAAGAAUGCACAUAGAAAUAAAACAACCUCAGGUUUUUUAUACUGAUACAAUCAUACCUUGCUUGUGUGGUUUCUCUGAACGAUGGGCUGCAGUGGUUGUUGCAGACGGAAUUGUUCUGGUUAAAGAUUCUGUAAUAAACAGAAAACAACAACUGUCUUUGCCUUGUACUUCUUAGCUGUUUAAUGUGUAUUAGCCAUUUGAUAUUUUUAAUAUCAAUAAAGCUGCCUUGAUAUUUUA